UUGUUAUUCAGCCAUUUUUUUUGUCUUUGUUAUGUUUUUAGUAGGCAGGCAUAUUUAUAAAAUCUACAGUUUGAACUCAACUAUCAGCAGACAGAAAGGAAUGCUCUUCCAUACAGUAUAGUGGGGAAGGCGGGUCCUCUGACGUCACCGCCAAGCUGCUCGGCUGCGUCAGAGUCCAGCUGAGCGAAGGAAGAAGGAAACGGGGAAUAAAAAGGAAAGAGGCUGUGCAGGGCCGGGGAGAGCGGGCGGACAGUGUCAGUGAGACAGGCCUGUGUCGUGCACACCGCGGACGGACGGACAGACAUGGAGGGCUCCACGGAGGAAGACUACAAAGAGAAACUAUUAUGGAACGUCAAACGAGAGGUGAAACAGAUUAUGGAGGAAGCAGUGACUAAGAAAUUUGUCCACGAAGACAGCAGCCACAUCAUUGCUUUGUGCACUGCCAUCGAGGCCUGCCUGGGUCACCUGCUGAAGAGACGAGCAGCUGGUUUUCUCCGUAGCGACAAGAUCGCCGCCCUCUUCACCAAAGUCGGCAAAGUCUACGACACGGCCGGCGAGGUUUGCCGUAAAGUGCAAGAGCAACUCCAGCAGCAGGCUGAUCUCACCAGGAGAACCCAGAGUGUGGGCCAUGAACCUCUGAGGAGACAGGGCUCCUCCACCACCAGCCGCCCCCCUCAGCCCCUCUCUGCCCAGGCCAUCAAACACAUCUGGGUCCGAACGGCUCUCUUUGAGAAAGUUCUGGACAAGAUAGUGCAGUACAUCGUGGACAACUCCAGUAAAUACUAUGAGAGGGAAGCUCUGAUGCACGACACAGUCUUCGGGCCCAUCUUGGCAGCCCUACUGGUGGGGCCCUGUGCUCUGGAGUACACCAAACUGAAGACGUCGGAUCAUUUCUGGACAGAUCCCUCAGCCAACGAACUGGUUCAGCGCCAUCGUAUCCACGGGGCCCACCGGGGCCAAGACACCUCGGCCGGCCGCCGGCCUGCUCUGGGGAUCCGCAAGAGGCAGUCCAGUGGCAGCAUGUCAGACGACAGGUUUGCUGCAUCAGCGAGGGAGUAUGUGGAGUCUCUUCACCAAAACUCCAGAACACACCUUCUCUAUGGCAAAAACAACGUCCUGGUGCAACCGAAGAAGGACAUGGAGGUGUUGCGGGGCUACUUGUCACUCCACCAGGCUGGGGAUAACCUCACCUUGAAGUGGACUCCCAACCAGCUCAUCAACGGCACGCUGGGAGACUGUGACCUGGAGAAAAGUAUCUACUGGGACUAUGCACUGACUGUCCCUCUGCGCCAGAUAGUCUGUAUCCACUGUCACCAACGCCCUGACUGUGGUGGUACACUGGUUCUGGUCAGUCAGGAUGGGAUCCAGAGGCCGCCCCUCCACUUCCCCCCUGGUGGUCACCUCCUGGCCUUCCUCUCCUGUCUGGAAACAGGCCUUUUACCGCGGGGUCAGCUGGAGCCCCCCCUCUGGUCCCAGAAAGGCAAGGGAAAAGUGUUCCCUAAACUGAGAAAGAGGAGCAGUGCUGCCAGGCUCAUCGACCAGGACAGGAACACCGAGGAGCAGACAGCUGCUGACUACGUGUUUCGCAUUGUCUACCCUGGAUACCGCUAUGAUGCCAUCACUAUAAACUACCACCACACCACGGGCAGCCGCGCUCCGUCGCUGGACGAUGACGAGGAAGAGGAAGAUAGGCUCCAUGCUAUGAUCUCAAUGAUCUGCUCGCGGAACCUCACAGACCCUAAUGUCAUGAAAGACCACGGGGAGAUGAUGGAGAUGCAGGGUUUUGGAGGCAGCCCGUCGUCGUGGCAACAGGCUGAAGUAACCACUCACGAGUCACUGUGCCAGUCCUGCACCACAGCUGGUAGCAACGUGUCGUUUGACUACCCGGCCGGCUGUACCUGCAUACAUGACCCAUCAGACAUUCACACUGUUCCUCUUAAGAUGCUCUGCCAGAACAUGAAGAGGCAGAUAGUCUCCAGAGCCUUUUAUGGAUGGCUGGCAUACUGUCGACACCUGUCCACUGUCCGGACUCACCUGUCAGCUCUGGUCAACCACAGCAUCGUCCCUCCAGACAGACCCUGCGAGGCGUCCGGGGGCCUCAGCAAGGAGGUGUGGAGCAAGUACCAGAAAGACUGCAAGAACUAUAAGGAACUGGAGCUGCUAAGGCUGGUUUAUUAUGGGGGAGUGCAGCACGACAUCAGGAAGGAGGUUUGGCCUUUCCUGCUGGGACACUACAAGUUUGGCAUGGGCAAAAAGGACAUGAGUCAGAUUGAUGCAAAGAUCAGCGAGCGCUACCAGCAGGUGAUGCGUGAGUGGAAGGCAUGUGAGGUGAUCGUCAAGCAGAGGGAGAAAGAGAUGCAGUCGGCCAUCUUUGCCAAGCUCUCCUCAGGCAGCAGCAUCGACAGCCACGUCCUGCGACUCGUUCACAGAGACUCCACACUCAGCAACGAGGUGUUUCUGUCGGUGGAUGAGCCGGACGCGGGGAGCCAGGAGACCCCCAGUGGAGAGGACAGUACCCCCACCAUGACCACCCUGGUUCCCCCUGCAGCCCUCCCCCCAGAGGAGCGCCCUCUGGUGGAGUUUGACUCCCCAGACUCAGGUCUCCCCUCCUCCAGAAACUACUCCGUUACCUCUGCUCAUUCUCAGAUCCUGUCCAGCAUAGACGACGGUCAGAGUACGGAGGAGGAAGGAGGGGGGGGGGAGGAGAGCAGGACUCCGAGUGUGCUGGGGGGACAUCAGGACUCUCUGAUAGAGGACAGGCUGUGCAGUCAGCUGGACAAACUGGUGACCAAUGGAGCGGCUGCAGAGGGGAUAUCACCUUCACUCUCCUCAUAUACGAUCGAGCUGUUGGACACAGUUGCCCUCAACCUCCACAGGAUAGACAAAGAUGUGCAGCGCUGUGACCGCAACUAUUAUUACUUCACCACAGCCAACCUGGAGAAACUACGCAACAUCAUGUGCAGCUAUGUGUGGGAGCAUUUAGAGAUGGGCUACGUUCAGGGCAUGUGUGACCUGCUCGCUCCGCUCAUGGUCAUCCUGGAUGAUGAGUGCCUGGCAUACAGCUGUUUUACUCAGCUAAUGAAGAGGAUGAGUCAGAACUUCCCUAAUGGCGGAGCCAUGGACACACACUUUGCCAACAUGAGGUCACUGAUCCAGAUCCUGGACUCGGAGCUGUUUGAACUGAUGCAGCAGAAUGGAGAUUACACUCACUUCUACUUUUGUUACCGCUGGUUCCUGCUGGACUUCAAGAGAGAGCUCCUGUAUGAGGAUGUGUUUGCAGUGUGGGAGGUGAUCUGGGUGGCUCCCAGGAUUUCCUCGCAGCACUUUGUCCUGUUUCUAGCCUUGGCCCUGGUCACAGUUUACCGCGAGAUCAUCAUCGACAACAACAUGGACUUCACUGACAUUAUCAAGUUCUUCAAUGAGAUGGCUGAGCGUCAUGAUGUCCAACAUAUCUUGAAGAUAGCACGUGAGCUGGUUCACAAAGUCCAGUCUCUGAUGGACAACAAGUGACUAUAGAGGAGGAGGAGGAGGAGGAGGAGGAGGACUGGGAGGAUGCAGAGGGAGAGAGUGUCCGACCCUACAGGACACUCCGCUCUUCCUCUCAUCCCUCAGAGAGUGUUUCCAGGCCUCCACCUAUCCAGAGUAGGUCAAGGAGUCCAGGUCUCCUCCCUGCCCAGUUGAAGGCCCUGGGAGGAGGGCAGGAGCGCUGCUGAGGUGGGCCUAGCUCUGGAGCUCAGCCUCAAUCUGUUUACAUUUACCUUCACAUGGAAUGCCCAUGGUGUCCGUUCAGACAUGUGGAUUUGUCUGCAUGCUUGUGAGUUUGAUCACACUGUGAACACAUUCUUGAGUCUCCCCAGUUCUUCAGAGCUUGUGUGUGCAUGAAAACACACACACACACACACACACACACACACACACACACACACACACACACACACACACACACACACACACACACACACACACACACACUCCAAAACAACAUUGGCUCUAUCAAUACUCCAGUUUUCUAGAGUGUCACUCUUUUCCUGACUCUGAACCAGAAGAUGUCGGAUGCCUGUCAGGAAGUCUGAAGCGUUCUCAGUGUUUGAUGAAUGUGUUCCUCCAUGCAAUGCCAGCGGUGGCCACUAGAGUGCAGGAUUCACAUACAACAUUGUCAGAGGAGCAGAAGACUUAGCCACGAAGAAGUUUUCAUUAGUGACCAAAUGGACUGUGCCAACUACCUUUUCAUGAGUGUUUUCUACAACAAGCAUGUGUGUUUUUACCCCCCCCCCCAUUAUCACACAAACGUUGCCUUUAUCAGUGACAGCCCAAGGUACUUAGGUGCACUUUUUGUGAGGGUUUCCUUCAUGGUGCCUGUGAAGGCCUCAUCAGAGUCGGUGGGGGCCAGAGGUGCCACAAGAGGCCAAACUGUUGAGAACCUCAGAAUGAAUUGCAGCCAACUUUCCUGAGCAUGUUAGUCAGUGGUUAAAGCAUGUUUGAUCCUUGUUCCAAGACAGAAGAAGCAUCGCAGCAGAGCACAACAGUAAAGACAAAAGCACACAGGCCGUCCUCCCUGCUUUAAUAUAAAACUUGUGCAUCUCUGUUUUGUAGUACCAGGAUUUUAGUUCAGGGCCAUAGCUACCACCGGGGACGCUGAGGUCAUGUCUCUGGUAAUAUUUCUGGGAAUUGGGGAUGUUUAAUAACCUGAAGAUGCAUUAACAUUCUAUGAUUUAACACAUAUUACACAUGGUCCGUUUUUAAGGCAGAUUCAGAUUAUUUAUUUAUUUUUAUAAAUAAUAUAAAAUGUGACUGUUUUUAGGCAAACAUUUUAAUUAGAAUAAACAGAUUUAGUAUUAUCCAACACCUUUUUAGACCAUUAUGUUGGGAGAUACAAUUUUUUCCUACUCUCAAAAUGUUUAAAUUGUGGAAGUUGUUUUUGUGGCUUGUUAAAAAUUUCUCAGAUGGGUUGAGGGGAAUUUGGACUGAUUCAGUUUGCUUCUGCAAGGUUGGCUGAAGUUUAAAAGGACAUUGAGCUAAGAUACAGUGACUGAAGGACACAUUUGACAAGAUGAAACUAUCCAAUGAAUUGAGUAUUAUAGAUUUGUAGCUGGUUAGAAGAAGUAGAUACGUCAGGCUGAGAGAAAGAGGGUGUAAGAAAAUAAAAAAUGAAACAUGAUUAAGAAAAACCUUUGAGAAUAGAAAGAAAGCAACAGAUUGAUUAUAUUUACCUGUUUCUAAAGGGGGAUAUUCCUUUAAGAAGAAGGCAUUAUUCUAUAUUUUUGUUAUUGUCAACAAAUCCCAUGAAAAGACCAAAGCAAAACCAACUUCCCUACCCUGUCUGUGGCACUCAGCCACAAGCCCAUUGGUUCCUACUGAAGACGUGCAUCUUUAAAAGCGGGUCUCAAAUACAUAGUUUCAUUUUUUUUAAAGGCUCAGUAAGUUACUAAAACUGCUGGGCACUGUAGUUUUUAGCAAACUUUACACAAACAAGAGUGCAUUUGUUGGAGACUGUUUUCAGAGGUGGAUUAAUACACAGGUGAUGGUGUUUACAGCAGCAGGACUAGGGUUGACGGUUUCCUCCUGAUUUUUAAAAUGAUCCCUUCUUGGGAAUGUGUCACUCUUUUCCUGGGAUUUGCCAUAAAUGAAGUUUGAUUUUAAAAACCGACUUCUUAAUCAUAAAAUGACAUUUAUUAAAAUGUUCUGAUAUUAUUCUUUCAUAUUGUGGUGUGACAAUGUGGUAUUAAUAGAGCAGUUCCUCUUAAAAGUACAUCUUAAAGGUGGAGGAAUAAGGUAUAUCAGCCUUUGACACACACAAAGUACUGGUUAGUAGAUACAUUCUCUGUUGGUUUUGGGCUUUUCAUGGGAUUUGUUGACAAUAAGAAAAAUAUAGAAUAUUGCCUUAUCCUUUAAAUGAAUCCAUGUUUGCGUUUGGAACUGGAGUCAAACAUGCUCACUGAUCUGAAGGCAGCACAGAGACUGUUCAGCGUCUUAUUGCAUUCAGCAGUACUAGCAGGAAAAGUGGUUGCAAUUGUCCAUGUGGAUCCUGAUUCUCCUCCUGUCUAAAGUCCAGCCUCUGAAAAUAAAACACACUGGGUUGGUCUAUAUAACAGAUCCCAGUUUUUUGUUAUUUAAAUACCUGAGAAGAAGCUGCUUUUAAUGCCAAACUCUCUCUAGUGAAUCAGUAUUAGGAUGGUUUUGGCUUCACAGUAACAGCACAGAGUACAUUCACAUUUGUAUCUGAAGGGAAUCUGGGAAAUGUUUGAUACUGUUUCCAAUCCCCCUCAUUAGUGUGACCCUUAAUCUCCACCCUCCUCGCCUCCUUAAAAUGUCCAACACGGCUGCAUAUGAUUGGUCAUCCAGCACAGACCUGCACCUGUGAUUCAAGUGCCACGAGUCUUCCCCAAUCCUGAAGUGUACUGUAGUCAUCCGGCUCCCUGAUUCGCUAGUUUGAUCCCAGGAACGGGUGGUGGUGUGGAUGUACCUUGCUACGGCCACUCCCCCCACCCCACCCCCCACCCCGCCGCUAUGGUGACGGAGGAGGGCUGGUGGGGAAAUCAGGGCCAAUAGCAGAGCUUUUUCUUCCAAUCAGGACAUUGUGUACCAAAGCCUUGAAACAGCCCCCUCUGUGGCAUGAUGACAAUGUGCAAUUUCAUACUGCAUCUUGAAGACUGACUGUUUACUAUGUGUGUAAAAUAUUUUUGAACUACUGUGCAAUUUCUGUCGUUUGAGAAAAUCCAUCAAAGUCUAUAUUGCUGUAAAUACGAACCAAAAGCCCGAUAUUUCUAUAAAGACAGUCAGAACAUAUAUAACUUAUUUUGAGAUCUAUUUUUAUGUUGGUUUUAGCAGCACUAGUUGGAGGUGUAUACUGUGCAGAAAUGCACAAUGUGUGCAGACUAUGUUACACGUUGACUGUUAAGUGUUCUUUCUCAAUGUUGUGCACUGACUUCAAUUCAGAUUUCAAAUUUCUAUUUAUUUAGAGAGCCAAUGAUUGCAUUGCUGAAUAUGUAUUGGUAAGGAUGUAUCAUUUGCCUUGAAUGUAAUGUAUUAUUAAACAAGAGGUUGUUCAUUAA